AUGGAUCCCGAAGAAUGUGAAUUUUUAGCCGAAGAGGUGCCUUUACAAGUGAGUUUUGAUUGGAAAUUGAUGUCUACAAUCUUUAAAAGUUUUUUUGAGACGCUACUUUCUUAUAUCCGAAGUGAUUUAUGACAUUAUUCUAGGUUAUUCCCAAUUUCACCACCGAAGAGCCUCAAGAAUUCUUUUGCGGACUGGUUGGACCUUUUGAGGCCGGAAUCCCCGUCGAGUUGCCUUUGUGGAUGGCUUUGUAUCUUCGACGACGACAUAAGGUCAAACUUGUUGUGAGUGUCGAACUUUUUUGGUAUUGCACUUGGUUUUUAGGUCAAAUUAUUUUAUGCUUUCUGAUUUUAGCCUCCACCAUGGUUAACAGUCGAUGAACUGAAGCGAAUGGUGUAUGAGGAGAAGAAUGCACCUGGUUUCACGAAGAUCCAUCCCCAUUUCUUCGAAAUCUCGAGGAUUUUGAUCUCAAAAGCAGCUCAUGACAUAACAGAACAUGAUCAAAUGAUGCCUUUGGUGCGAGAUAUGUGGGACCAUAGGACGGCCAAGAUGAGAACCUUGACGACCAAAUUCCUCGGUCAGGUGAGUGCUUGUUUUCUUGUUUUUUAUCUUUAGGAAUUCUGCUGAGUUUAUGUUAUCGAUGGAAUUUUCAGACAUCUCAAAACCAUCUUCGAUUGGAUAACAUCACGAAACUGGAAUGCUGUUUAGCUCGACUUUUUAUGAACGAAGUUACCUACAACAUUGACCGGUUUACACAGUUUUUCAAUGAGUGUGCGCCAGCCAACACUCAGUAG